UAUGAUCUUAAAAAUAUCCUGACAAGAACCAUAAAUAUAUCCAAUUAUUUAAUACUUUUAUAUUAUUAUAUUAACAACAACUUUUACAACUGGUAACCCCAAAUAGGCCAUGAUGUAUGGAGAAUUUUAUUUCGAAAAAGCAUUCUUAUGCUCCUCAACAAUAUUUUUUGUGGUCAAUAAAAACUAACCUUAAUUCCUAAUCCUCUUCCUAAUUCCUAAUUUUAAGUAUUAUGAAUUUUUCAUCUUUUUAUAGUUUAUUGCUUUGAGGUUUUCAAAGUAGUCACAGAUUUAAACAAAUAUGCUCACACCUGCUUUUGAGUUACAUCAAGAACAUAGCUAUUUAUUGUUGACAAUCAAAGCACCCUAUAUCAAGGCUAAUGAUGUUGAAAUUUACAUGGAACAAAAUGAAUUCAAGUUUUUUGUCAAGCCAUACUUUUUAAGGUUGUAUUUCCCUUGUGAAAUCAUAGAAGAUGGUAGAGAGAAAGCACAAUAUGACAUCAGUACAGGUGUUUUCACUAUUCACAUUCCAAAGAAAAACAUUGGAGAAGAAUUUCCAAAUUUGGAUAUGUUAACGACUUUGCUGGCACCUAAGAAAAAGCAUGUGACAAAGCCUUUAAUCGAGGUCGUCUGUACUGAUGACACACCAAGUGGAAAAGAAGAAUGUUUGGAUGACAACAAAACACAUCAAGAAGAAAAAGAGGAAGGUGAAGAAGACGAAGAUGAUGAUAUGUGCUGGGAAGUAGAGCAGGAAGUAUAUCAACCUAAGCCUCUGGAAGGAUACUCUUAUGGUUUUGCAAGUCAAACUACAGGUGUUUUUGCUCGAUUAAAGGAUGAGCUUUUCGAUGUGAUUGAUUUACCUGAUCCUGAGAAUACGUCACCACAAGAAAGAAAAAUGCAACGUCAGCAUGCAGAAAACGAAAAAUUCGAUGUGGAACACUACCAGGCAGAUUAUUUAGACGACGAAUAUAUUCAAGAACUUAUUAGGUACCAGACUCCUUGGGAUUUAGAGUAUAAGAGGAUAAUCGAUGCUUACAAAAAUUCGUCAUAUCCUGAAACGAGUGAAAUCAUUACACCAAAAGGAAAGACGUCUCUGUUUCCGGAAGAAACUAAAGUAAUUUUCACAGAUGAAGAGAAAGACAAGCUCUUACAGUUACCUAAUAAGGAAUAUUUGCUGUCCAGAGAAGAAGAACAUCAAGUGUUGUUAGGACUGGUUGAUAUCAUCUUCGCGCAUGCGUAUGAUUACAGAACGACAGAAGGUGAACAUACGAGCGAAUCAGCUUGGACAAUUUCAAAAAUCAGUUCAACGUUGUGUUGGUGUGAUUCAUUUAGAAGUCUUCAGGAUGUUCUGGUGACUAAUAUGAGGCGCUGUUUGUGUUACCCAUUAUAUCGACAUUGGCGUCUGAUACAAGCAGUACUGAAUGACGUACAGACUAUAUUCUUAUUAGGAAAACGUUGGUUGAUAAAAUCAUUGUUAGACAUCCACUCGUUAUUCCAAGCUGAUGAAAAUAAAUAUAUUCUGAACGAGCUCUACAUUUCUGAUCUCUGUGUGUGGAUUCAAAAAGUAAAAGACAAAAAAAUACUUUCACUUGCUAAUAAACUUCGUUGCAUAGACAUCGAGAGAAGCAGCAUGAACUUUAAUCUACUUGUCAUCGAAGAAAAAGCAAGUUCGAUGUAUGAUUCAAAACACGCGGCAAUGAGUUCUGGUAGCGAUACCGACAGUAGUAGCGAUUCUUCCGACGACGAAAGUAGCAAUUCCGACGAAGGUACUUCUGACACAACCACAGAUUCAGAUGACAUUGACGACGUCGUUUCUGAAAAAAACGUAAAGCCUAAUGCUCAAGUUGUUGAAUCUCAACACGUCGUUUCUCCGUCAAAAAUUGGAAUGACGUCAUCUAAACUAAAUGACGAGAUGAAUGUUGUGUGCACAGGUUUGAGUGAACUCCUGCAAAUAAGCGAACACGUGAACAGCAUGAAGCUGUCUUAAAAUACAUACUUCCUUAUAUUAUUUCUUUUUUCCGACAUGAGUAAAAAGAAUUAUUAUAAAAAAAAUUCUCUUACGUUCAA